AUGGUCGGCAAUGGCGCCGGCGUGGCCGAGCUUGUGGGUCAACGUAACAACAACCUUACCGAUGCCAUGGUCGAGGUGGUGGCGGAGAAGUGUCCCAGCGUUGUCUCCAUCGACUUGACGGCCUGCUCACAGAUCACUGACUUGGCGGUGAUCGCCAUCGCAAACAGCUGCCCCAAUCUCGUCUCCCUCAAUCUCAGCAAGUGCCGCAAUAUCACCGAUGUUGCUGUCGACGCCAUCGCAAACAGCUGCCCCCACCUCACCGACCUCGACCUAACCUGUUGCUUCAACAUCACCGAUGCGGCUGUUGUCGCUCUUGCUGCUGCCGGUCCUCACCUCACCGACCUCAAACUAGCAUGCUGCCCCAUCAACGACGCGGCUGUGAUUGCAGUCGCCGGCAGCUGCGUCAACCUCGCCACCCUCAGCCUCGGGAGGUGCUCCAUCACCGACGCGGCGGUUCUUGCCCUUGCUGCAGGCUGCCCCAACCUCACUGACCUCGACUUGGACAAAUGUCCCAAGACGACUCUGGACUUAGACAGCGCACGCGACACCAUCAACAAGCCGGGCUUCCUUACAUCGGACUACCUCCCUGCGCUAUUCUAUGCUGUUGCCCAGGACAACAACCCGUCGGUCCUCGCUGCUCUCGCCAGAAUCUGCGAGCGAGCCAGGUGGCCUUCUCUCAUCAGCAUGCUGGCUCGCAGCAGUGCCCUCGACAACGACACCCUCAGCACGCUCAUCGAUGGCGGGGUGGGUCUUUUUGAUCUCGACGAUGACGGCAACCACGUGUACGUCUACUCGCCAGAGUCGUCCGCGGCAGCCAUGGCCGGCCCUAUGAUCGAGUCGCUCAGGGCCGACGGCGACGGCGACGCAGAGCUGGCCAAUGGGAUCAACAAGGCCACGCUCGCGCUCUUCGUUGCCCUCCGCGCCGCCGACACCAUCCCCUUCACCGUCCCAACCUUUGCUUUCCUCAUCAACUCCGGUGCCGACAUCAACGCCGUCGAGCCCGUCCUCGGCUUGCGUCCGCUCCACAUCGCUGUCUCGCUCUCCAACAUUCUGGCGACUAUGGCGCUGCUGGCAGCGGGGCCGACAUGUGGGCUGUGGGCGCCCGCUGAACGCGAUACCAGCGCUGCGAGGGAGAUCUACAGCCUCGUGGUGGGGACAGCGUCCGUCCCCGAGCGGGUCGCGCUCUACGUCCGCGAGUCCAUCGCCGGCGGCAAUAUCGGCGCAGCAGGUGCGUCGGCUGGAUCUGCGUCGCGUGUUGAAGAACUCAAAGUCGAGCUUGCGUCGACCAGGGCCGAGCUUGAUGCCGCUAAGGCCGAGAUCUCGCUCAUGCAGGACAAGCUCGCCGUGGCCGAGGGCGAGAUCAAGGCCUUCCGAGACGACCGUGCACAGAUCAUUGCCCGGUUCGAGGAGACUCUCAGCGACGAAGCUCUCCGCGGUCUGCCGUGGACCCAUCGCGAAGCCAUCGUCAAGGCCAAGCUCGGGUCAGAUGCCGAGUGGUCGAGCACGUUUGGCCAGCUCUCGCGAGACGAGGUCGACGUGCUGGCGCGCGUAGCGCGAGAGAUGCUCAAGCCGCAGGCGUCCAAGCUGUACUCGCGACGGGAUCGCGCUGCCUCGCUGCGCGCGGUUGUGCCGUGCUGGCUGGGGACGCAGUGGCAGCUGGGUGCCGCAAUGUGA